AUGUCGGCGGAGGCGGGUAUACCGUCCGGCGGGGGGAUGGCUACCGGGGUGCAGAACAAGCGCCUGCUGCUCGAGAAGCUGCGGGUCUUCUACGAUGAGCACGUGCACUGCAAGGUCCUGCUGGACGUGCUCUUCUCGAAGAAGUACCCAUCGCUGCGGACCAUAGACUGGCUCGUCACGAACUAUUCCAAGAGCAAGAACGUCGUGUAUCCGGUCGGCGGCAAUCCCUUCCACCUGGCUUUGGAGUACAGGAACCAGCUGAAGGCAUACUCGAAGAGGUACUUCGAUCCGUUCAACCGCAGGGACAAGAUCCUGUUCCCGAUACUCGACGUGAGGAAGAAGAAGCACCUCCAGGGCAAGGAGCCGCCGACGGGAGGGGCCGUCGUGCCGGAGGAGGCGGCCCGGCACGGGUACGGGAGGGACGCCAGGACGGUCCGAGUCCUGACCACGGUGUGUCAGCUGAACUUCCUUCGCUUCGCGAUGACGGCGGGGGUCCUCGAUUUCGCCCGGAACAACAAGGAGGAGAUCGAGGACCACAUGGCGCGCAGGCACAAGAAGACGAGCAAGGCGAUGAGGAGGAGCCGGGAGAGGGGCGACCGUCGGGGAUCGUCAUGA